ACCAAAAAAACAAGAUUCCCGUAUACUCUCUCUCAUACUCUCUUUCUCUGUGAAAUGGCCACUGCAGCGCCAACCCAAUUCGCUAUGGCAACUUCUAAUGUCCAACCAUCGAAUGUGACAAGCGUCAAAACACUAACUGAAACAGCUGAUCUCAAAACCAUCCCUUCCAUCUAUGCCUACACCCCAACUAAUCCCAAUGAAGCCGAUGUUUUUGAAGAUGAAGUUUCAAUCCCUGUCAUUGAUUUUUCCUUGCUCACUUCUGCUAUUCCUGAACAACGCUCCAAAGCCAUACAAGACCUCGACAAAGCCUGUCAAGAUUGGGGCUUCUUCAUGGUGGUUAAUCAUGGUGUACCAGAGAGUCUCUUGAAGGGGAUAAUCAGUGCGAGUAAUGAAUUUUUCAAUCUGACAGAGGAGGAGAAAAAGGAGUUUGCAGGAAAGAACAUUUUAGACCCUAUCAGGUGCGGUACAAGCUUGAGCACUUCAAACGGAAAGAUUUUCUUGUGGAGAGAUUUUGUAAAGCUCGUUGUGCAGCCGGAUCAGUUUCACGCUCCUCACAAACCUAUAGGUUUCAGUGAGGUUGCACUGGAGUAUUGCAACAGUGGCCGGAGAAUAGUAAGAGAAUUACUCAAAGCAAUAUCGGAGAGCCUAGGAUUGGACAACGAUUAUGUGGAAAAAACCUUGAAUUUGGACUCAAGUGCGCAAGUCUUUUCUGCCAAUCUAUAUCCACCUUGUCCACAGCCUGAACUUGCAAUGGGUUUGCCACCUCAUUCAGAUCAUGGCCUCUUCACCCUCCUUAUACAGAAUGAUGUUCCAGGCCUCCAAGUGCAACACAAUGGAAAGUGGGUCACUAUCAAUCCCCUUCCUAACUCUUUUCUGGUAAACACUGCCGAUCAGCUUGAGGUAAAUGUUUCUCCCGCUAAUCUCUGAUCGAUUCUAAGUUAUAUAUAACCCAUGAUCACCGAAUGUGUUGUUCUCUACCUACAUAGUACGAGUUAGUCACAAUGUGUUGAUUUGUAUAAGUUGUGUUUUGCCAGAUUUUCAGCAAUGGAAAGUACAAGACUCUCAUGCAUCGAGCAAUUCUGAAUAACAAAGUUGCAAGAAUAUCUAUAGCCAUGGCUAAUGGACCCUCUUUCGAAGCAACUGUUGGCCCAGCUUCCAAGUUGGUAGACAGUGAAAACCAUCCCGCUGCAUAUCGUCCAAUGAAUUACAAGGAGUAUGUGGAGCAGCAACAACUCCAGUCUCUUGGGAAAACCAUCUUGGAUCAUGUUCGGAUUGAGUUUCAAAGCAAGUAGCUGUGUUGCAUCAUAUCCACAGGGCCCAAUCAUGUGGAAUUCAAUAAGGAGUAUGGCAGUUGUACGCCGGAAAUUCCGUCUAUGAUGUGAUUUUUUGUUGUUUUGUUGUGAUAUUAAGCGCUAGUGAUGAUAUAUUAUUACGACUGUGUUGAGUAUUUUCUCUUUUAUAAGACCUUUAGAUGCAUAAAAAAAGCGUUUUUUAAAUUUUGGCAGUUUAAAC